GAAGAAGAGGACUGUUUUUCUCUCUCACCAGCACGUGGAAUUAUAGAAUUGCUGGUCAAAAUAUAACUUAAAUUUUAAUUUUAAUAAAAUCCAACCGAUAAAGCGAUGCCUGAGGAUGAGGGAACUGACAAAAAGAAAACCCACCGAGCCCGGCAAUCCGGUGUUAAGGCGGAGAAAAAGAAAUUAAAAGCGAAAAAAGAUUCCAAUCAAAAGGAGCCAAAUUUAACAGCACGCCAAAGGAAUCCAAAAGCAUUUGCCAUCAAUUCUGCAAUAAGCGCAGAGAGAAAUUUUAGGCGCAAGGAAGAUAUAACAGCUAAGAAACAACACAUACCUGUGGUUGAUCAAACACCCGAUGAACCUCCUCCAGUGCUAAUUGCAGUUGUGGGACCACCCAAGGUGGGCAAAACUACGCUGAUAAACAACUUGAUAAGAAGUUUCACCAGGACUAAUGUUAAUGAUAUAAAGGGUCCCAUUACCAUAGUGACCUCUAAGAAGAGACGUAUUACACUUUUGGAAUGCAACAAUGAUAUAAAUUCCAUGAUCGAUGUGGCCAAGUGCGCCGAUUUGGUUCUGCUAAUGUGUGAUGCCAGUUAUGGUUUCGAAAUGGAAAUCUUUGAGUUCUUAAAUAUAUGCCAGGUUCACGGGAUGCCUAAAAUUAUGGGUGUUCUUACCCACUUGGAUAUGAUAAAGAAUACAAAACAGUUGAGGAAACGCAAAAAGGAGCUGAAACAUCGUUUUUGGACCGAGGUGUACGAUGGUGCCAAGCUGUUUUACCUAUCUGGUCUACUGCACGGGGAAUACCUAAGAAAUGAAGUUAAGAACUUGGGACGUUUUAUAUCUGUGAUGAAGUUCAGGCCAUUGACGUGGCGCGGUAACCAUAGUUAUGUAGUCGUCGAUCGUGUAGAAGACAUAACAAACACUGACCUAAUACGACGUAAUCCUAAAUGUGAUCGCGAUGUGGUCCUAUAUGGUUAUGUUCGGGGAGUGCCUUUAAAACAGGAGCAUAUGGUACAUAUUGCUGGUUUGGGUGAUGCCCGUAUCGAUGAAUUAAAUAUGAUCGCUGAUCCCUGUCCAUUGCCAGGAACGGAAAAGAAACGUACAUUGUUGGAAAAAGAACGUCUACUUUAUGCUCCCAUGUCAGGGGUUGGUGGUAUUGUCUAUGAUAAAGAUGCAGUAUAUAUCGAGUUGCAGGGUUCGCACAGUCACAAAGAGAAAACUGCUGAGGCCACCGAACAAGAAGAGUUGGUGGGAAAGCUGAUUAGCAAGAAGCAAACUGUGGAUGAACAGAUAGAUGAGCAGGUGUUUAGAUUGUUUUCGGAUGGUGCUGCUAUUAAGUCGAAAGAUUUUAUAGAGGAAGAGGACGAUGACAUGAAAAGUGAUGAUGAUGAAGGAGAUGAGGAUAACUUAGAUAGGGAGGAUGAUUCCGGAGUGGAUGAUGAUGAGAAUGGCAGUGACAAUGAGGAGGAAGAAGAUGAGUUUGAUGACGAUGACGAUUGGCGCAACGAAGAUUCUCAAACUGAAUCUAGAAACCAAGACUCGGAAGAAGAUUCCUCUGAUGAUGAUGAUUAUCAGGAUUUGGAGAAAGUUCAAAAAUCCCGGAAGGAUUCAAAAGCUUCUAGCGAUAAUGAGGAAGACGAGGUUGAAGAUGAAGAAGAGGCAAUAAUAGUCAACAGUAUGAGCUGGAAGGAUAAUUUGGCUGAGAAAGCCAGAGAUGCAUUCCUUCAACGUCAUUCCGAAUCGAAGAAUAUAAUGCGACUGGUUUAUGGCUGCUACACACAAAGUGAACGCAAAAAGGUCGCAGAGGAUAAUGAAGAUGCCGAAGAUGAUUCCGAUAGCGAGGAUGAAAUUGGAGGCUUGUUCAAGGUGGCUGCCAAAAAGCAAUCACAAUUACAAAAGGACAAAGAUUUGCGCAAUAAAAUGGAGACAUGUUUCUUUGAAGACAACUUUGAAAGUACCCGCAAUUGGUUGGAAGAUUCCAAUAAGGAAUUACUUAGGAAUUGUUUUGUUACGGGCAAAUGGAAAGCCUCUCAGGAUGCAGAAAACCUGCUGCGUCUGGAUGAUAUGAGCGAUGCAGAGAGCGAAGUUUAUGGGGAUUUCGAAGAUCUGGAAACAGGCGAAAAGCAAAGCGGCAAACCUGAGGAGACAAAGCCCAGCAGCGAGGAUACUGGAGAUUCCUUGAAGAGAAAACUAACCCGAGUGGAAGAGAAAAAUCUUACCAAAGCCGAAAUUAUGGCCAAAAAAUUGAAGCUUAAAGCCAAGUUUGAUGCAGAGUACGAUAAUAAGGGAGAAAAGGAAGAAGAUGAUGGCCGCAUAACCGGCGACCAUGAUUACUAUGAGUCACUUAAGGCUGAAGCCCAAAAACAAUCUCAAUUGAAUAAAAAUGAGUUUGAGAAUUUGGAUAAUGAUUUGCGAGUGCAAAUCGAAGGCUAUCGGGCGGGCAUGUACGUGCGUCUAGGCUUCAAAAGUUUACCCGCCGAAUUUAUUGAAAACUUUGAUCCUACAUAUCCGGUGCUGAUUGGUGGUCUCAACAUGGCCGAGGAGAACAUUGGCUAUGUGAAUUGCAAAGUAAAGAAGCACAGAUGGUAUAAAAAGAUUCUCAAGUCCUGUGAUCCCCUUAUCAUUUCUAUGGGUUGGCGUCGUUUUCAAACGGUGGCAGUUUACGCUAAGGUUGAGGAUAAUUUCCGUCAUCGCUAUCUUAAAUAUACACCGGAACAUGUUACUUGCAGCAUGACAUUCUGGGGUCCCAUCACACCACAAAAUACAGGUUUUCUGGCUCUGCAGACAGUGCGCCACGAUCAGGAGGAACUAAAGAGGGUGGGUUUCCGCAUAGCUGCCACUGGUUGUGUCACGGAGUUGGACAAGUCCUGCCAAAUAAUGAAGAAGCUGAAACUUGUGGGACACCCUUUUAAGAUUUAUCAAAAAUCCGCCUUUAUAAAGGGCAUGUUUAACACGAGCCUCGAAGUUGCCAAGUUCGAGGGAGCUAAAAUAAAAACUGUCUCAGGCAUUAGGGGUCAGAUCAAAAAAGCCCACCACACACCAGAAGGAUCGUUCAGAGCCACAUUCGAGGACAAAAUACUGCUGAGUGACAUUGUAUUCUGUCGAACGUGGUUCCGUGUGGAUGUGCACCGCUUCUAUGCCCCUGUAACCACGCUGUUAUUGCCACCCGAACAGAAACUACAUUGGCAGGGCAUGAAAACAGUGGGCCAGUUGAAACGAGAAAAGGAAAUCAAGAAUGAAGCCCAACCUGAUAGCAUGUACACGGAAAUCAAACGUCAACCUAAAGUCUUCCGUCCUUUGACCAUACCCAAGAGUCUGCAAAGAGCACUGCCCUACAAGGAUAAGCCUAAAAUGGGUGCUUUGACUCCAGCCGAGAAGGCAGAACGUGUGGCCGUAAUACGCUCGCCCCACGAACAAAAGGUGGCCAAGUUGAUGAGUAUGAUUGAAACCAACUAUCAGGAGAAGCGAAAUAAAGAUCGUCACGACACUAAGAUGCGUGUCAAGAAAUUCAAGCUGCAAAAGCGAGCCGAAGAACUUUCGAAAUUGAAGCGGCAAAAGGAACUGCGCAAAAAGGUAUCCAGAGCUCUAAGCAAAAUGAAAGGAAAGCAGAAAACAUGAGUGUCUGACACUGACACUUUCAGUUUUUAAGUAAUUUUAGAGUUUACUAUAGUCAAGAUCUAAUGUAUAAAGUAAAUUUGUUGGAAUUAUCAAAAUACACAAAGAAAGAGAAAUGUGCGCGUUCUAGACGUUGGUGCGAUUUAAUCCUGGCUCUUGUUAUCAUCAAUGGCUUUGAGGGCGGCCAAGAGCUUGUGUUUGCGACUGCUAUUGGGUGCAUUGUGUUCUACGGCAAUACUGUUUCGUUUCUUGGACACGUCUUCCUUGAGGGCGCCACUUGUGGCCUGUCGGCAAAAAGUGUCUAGAAAAGCUUCACGUUCCUUAUAAUCAUCGGAUAUUUGUUUACGAAUGCUGGAAAUUUCCUCCUUCAUACGGAUUUUUUUGCCUGGAAGCUGCAAAGGCAUAGAUUAAAUCGAAUUAAUUUUGUAAUAAAUUCAAAAACAAA